GCGGGAAAUAGAGAGGGGUAUGCAAGAUAGAGAGCAUAUUGAUGUGUGCUGUGUUUAACGAACGGUCGGGCGAAUAACACCCUCCAUGGAAUUAAUAGGAACGGUCCUGAAGUGUGAGGUGAUCACACUGUCUCCCCACUGCAGCCAAGCAUCUGUGCAUUAUAUUCUCGGCGAACACCAAAGUUCCACGGAGCAAUCAUUCAUGUAUUAUUUGUUACUCGUUGAAAACCAUUCAUGAUGAUGACGACAACAACAACAACAACAACGCCCACAAGUUUUCAGUCACACCGAUUGAAAUGAUGGUUCACCUGAUCAAGGCUAAUUACCAGAUGAAGAGUAAUUAAUUACUAGAGAGAGAGAGAGAGAGAGAGACUGUGAGGAUUAUUUCACUUUUGUCUCUCCCGAUACAGAGUUUCCAGCAAAGCUGGUAGCUGUGAUAAAAGGAAAGACUAGUGUUACAAAAGGAAUACAUCUCACAAAGGGACUCAUGUGAUGUGGAUAUAGGUGUUGUUGGAUGAGGCUAUGGCUGCUGCAGAAUUCCAGGGUACAGAUGCUGCCGCCGCCGCUGCUCACUGGCAGGAAAGAUGCCAUACUUUGGAGGCAUCCCUGGAAAAAUUUCGUUUGCAAACGCUUAGGAUACGGGAAGCAUUGGGAGAGCAGAUGAGAGCCUUGGAGGAAAGAGCUAUUGCUGCAGAUGAAAAAGCCAAGGACAGUGAACAGCAGAUUCCAUAUAUUUUGUUGCUUUCAUCAUCAACAUGCUUAAAUCUAAUGGAACAGCGCUUGGCAGCCAUCAAUUGGCAGCCACAGGAUUUAAAUAACAGAGUUCUAGAACUGGAAAAUGUUUUGGAGAGAAAAGAGAAACAUAUUGAUAGUCUGGAGAAACAAUUAUCAGAACAGAAAAAACAAAGACAACAUGACGCAAAAUUGGUAGAGGAAAAAGCUGUCAAAAUCAAGGAAUGGGUUGCAAGGAAGUUGGAACAACUCGAAGAAGAAAAACACUCGCUGAUUCUUGAAAAUAGUUUAUUACGAGAACAACUACAUGUUUUCAGGGACCGGUACAACUGCCUGCAAUCAUUCCAAGGUCAUUCAUUAUAUCGAGACAGCUUGCAGGAUGAAUCACGGCCUAUGUCAUUUACUGCCACUACUCCACCACCAAUCAAUGUGAAACGCAGGUCAUCAUCUCCAAAUCUCGAUGCUCUCAGUGACCCAAGCCACAACGUGAUCUCAGAAAGCAGCAGUAGCCCAGAAGGGGAGCUAACUUCCCAAAUAUCAGAGGGUGACAGUGAAAACAGCAUCGGUGAAAUUGACCCAAGUGUCGGAGGUUAUCAAGAGGUUGAUCAGAACCACGAAAGUAUCUAUGAACCAAAGCGUGUCUUCUUGCCCCAAAUUAAAAUUGAAAGAAAAUUUUUCACCGAACUUCAACAACUUGAAUCAUUAAUAAAUUCUGGCGGUACAAACGAACAGCUUCUUGAACAGGGUGAUAAUUCAUCAGUAAAAAACGACGAAGAAGAAAAAGGAGAAGAGGAAGACAGCAAUUCAUCAAAGUCAUCAUAUGCAGUUACACCACUAACCCCAAAGUCUCAGACAGUAUCUUUUGUUCCUUUUGCACCGCCAAGUUCUCCUAAUGGUGUUUUUGUGCCACCCCAAAAUUUGCAAUAUGUCUCUGCAUUGGCCACACUGCCCAGAACUAAGUGCCAGCCAGCAUCAAUGAAAUUCAAUGAAGAAAUAUAUUCUCAGGUGCCAAAACGAGAAAUAAGGAUUUCGACGUCAGAUAUCCAGAAGAAUGCUCUUUAUGAUGAGUGGCCAACAUCACCCUUUGAUCGAGAACUUCCUCCAAGGCUCUUAUUAGCUGACCCACCUGACUCAAACGAGUCUGAACCUCUCUAUGAAGAAGUAUGGAAGGGAGCUAAGCAUAAAAGUGGCAGAAAUACAUCCCCAGGUAAAAGAUCCACAGGAGUUCCUUCAAAUACAAUCACAUCAGAUUUCCCGACAUGUAAAGACUUAUACCAGGAGGUUGUCGUUCCAGUGUUUGCAACUCUAAAAGGAAAAGCAGCUCAAAUCCGCAAAUCUCCAUUCAUGGAUGAUACUACAUCAGACUCAUCUGAUGACGAGGCAUGUACUGGACUAUACAGUGGCCAAUCAGAGGCAAUAGAAUCAGUGACCAGCCCAGUUAGUGGACACACAUUCAGCUCCCUUUCCAUACGAAAGACAGCAAUUAACCAGAGUAGCUCUGGUGCUGUUAAGAGAGGUGUUUCGUGCCAUUCCGAACUCUCAGAUAUCUCCUGCGACUAUGCACUGCCCCCUGAUGAUACUUCCAGCAAGAGUGAUUCAGAGAGUUCGGAACCUGAACAAAAAAUACUCAAAUAUGCGACAGACAGUCGUAAACAUGACACAUUGGAGAAGUGUGGCUAUCUUUCAAAAUUAGGUGGAAAAGUCAAGAUGUGGAAAAGGAAGUGGUUUGUUCUCAGGAAUGGUGCAUUGUACUAUUACAAAUCUCAGCAUGAUGUGUUGAGAAAACCUCAGGGACACAUACGUCUGGAUAUGCAGACCAAGAUAAAUAAAUCACAAGGCCAACUGACCUUUGAGGUUUGA